GUUUUAGUUGUGCACGGAUUUAUAAUGGAUGCGAAAAUAAUUAUUCUUGCGCUGGUCUCCCUAUUCUACAAGGCAAAUGGCGCCUUUUACGAACUCUCUGUGGCCGAUGAAGAAAUAUUUAGCAGCUGUCCCAAUCCUGAGCCAGGCACCCUCGACAUCCAUGGACUCUUUGAUUUUUCAGAGUUCUCCACUUCCUUGGAGGCGGAUGGACUGACUGUAAGCGGGAAUCAGACUUUGGUGUGGGACAUCCAACGCGGGGAUCGCGUACAGCUGUUCAUUAAGCUUUUCUACUUUGAUCGGGGCACGUGGACGUCGACUGCUUUCUCUAUACUUUCCCAGGAUUUCUGUAAAACCAUGUAUGAUAAAAGUAAUGUACUCUAUGAGCCAUGGACAGGACAUGUUAUGAACGAUGUGAAGGAUCAAUGUAUAAAUGCUCCAGGGACGAAGCUCAUUCUGGAUACCUAUUUCCUCAGUUUGUCCGCCUCAGUUACCGUCCCACUUCGUGAAGGACGCUACAAGACCACCAUUAAAUUUCGAGCGUUCGACUCUAAGGGAACUGAGAGACCCACCAGCAUUUGUUGCGAAGUAAUAGGAGAUGUUUUUAAGAUUAGGAACUAACGUGUAGCUGAUGGUUUCAUACACAUUUCAACAACUGAUGGAAGUAACGUUAAUAAAUUAAAUAAAAC